UAUUAUGAUUAGGUUGGUGAUGUGAUUGGAUAUGACUCGUAUGGUAGGUUUGGGAUGGGGAUGUACCAAUUGAGACGUUAAUAAUAAUUUUAUUUCCUAAUUCAUUAAAUAUUUAUUGAUAUAAAUAAUUAAUGAAUUAAAUUAUUAAAUCUACAAUUCGGAUGGAAAAUAACGAAAACAAUUCUCUCAGACAAUUUCAACUAUUGCAAGAGACUCAGAGCCAGAUAGAAGUCUUGAAUAAUCAAAUAAUUAAAAUAAAUAAACACAUCUCAAACCAAAAAAUCAAAAAUAAAAGAGCCGAAGCCGCUUUAGAAUCGCUCAAUACUUCGGAAUCAAAUUCUAAAGUGUACAAACAAGUCUCCAGACUAUUGGUAUUGAGGGAUAGAGAGGAGUUGAGGCGUGAAGUGGAGAGUGAGCGUGAUACGACAGCAUUAGAUUUACCGAAAUUAGAAUCUGUAAAGAACCAAUUAGUAGCUAAGUUAGGCGGACUCAACACCCAAUUACUCGAAAUCAACCAACAAAUACACUCACAAACACUACAAACCAACUCCUAACACAAGAAUGGAUUUUGGAGAAUUAAGUUUGAAGCCUACGGCACCUAAGUUCCGUGUCCACUUGUUCCUCUUGGUGGUCCUAGUCCAUGCUGCCUGUGACUUGCUGAAAACUGUGUUCAAACGUCUAGGAAAACUUAUGGACCACUUGAAUGUGAAAUUUGGGGGAACGCCUGGUGAAAAAUUAACUUUUACAGAGCCUGGCGAUUUCAGUAAACUGCUCAAAAAAGAGACUUACAGACCCUUUAGAAUCCUAAAGGGAGUUACAAUGUUGUUGGCACUGUUUUCAGAGUUCCUAUUGCCAUACGUUCUAUUCAAUAAGACGACAGCGGUACUGAAGACUAAUUUCCAAAAACAAGUUGAGUCGUAUGCUCCAUUCGCACUGGUGACUUUCAAGUUACCAGACCACCCCCGUGACUUUCUGAAGUCAAAGGCUCAACUGGACCAACUUAUGGAAGAAGAUUAUAAGCAGGAAUCCAGCGCCAAGAUGAAUGUUUUCGACUUUUUCAACAGUCUGUCGGACAUGACUGAGAACUCUGACGAGGCCAUACAACAGAAACUAGAAGAACACGUCAAACUCAACUCCGAAAAACUACAAGAAGAUUUCGAUAGCAAUAAGCAUGUGAUAAUGAAUUUGACAUCGUUUAACCGUUUUGUGGCCUUUACGAUAUCGAAGGCUGCGUUACAUGGUUUGUAUGUAUCAGUCCACGCACUUGUUUCUCCUGAGAAUCAUAACGCGUUCCUCAAUACCUUCAGGAAAAAACGCUAAUCUUCUAACACCAUUCA